CUGGAAGUCACGCCUGCCACUUUGGAAGAACAUUUAAGUUUUUCAAAUCAUUUUUAUGGACCGAUCGAACAUGAAGCUCGUUGCAGUGCUCCUCUUUGUAUUCGCCCUCAUCCAAGCAGCCUUCCAAGAGGCUACGCCCGAAAGGCUUUGCCCGAACACCUGCCCGACUCCCGACGGAACGAUGGUUUGUGCCUUCAAUGGCUGCUACUUCAACACGGAGUUGUGUACCAUCAAAAUAUUCAACUGUGCCCGCAAGGUGAAGGGAAUGAGCGUGGUGAAACUGGUCUCCGAUAAACAGUGCAAUAACGAGACCCAUACACCAUAUUGCACAGCCGUGACCUUUUAAAUCUAGUGGAGAGCUUCCAAUUUAUUCAUUAAUGAAGCGAUUACAAAUGUAUUUGCAUAGUUAGAUUGAUUGAUUGAUGAAAUGCUGAUGAUAUGGGAAUACAUAUUGUUUGUACACGGAG